GUGAUGAGAGUAUUAAAGCUAUGUAUCUUGUGUACGAGCUGCCUGACUUUUAGACCUAGCAUGUAGGAAGUUCUGAAGGUAGGACUCGUUACAUGGCCUCUUCUGGAAACACGUUUUGGUAUGAUCGACAUGAAACGUCUAUAUUGUCACAAGGCAAAGCAGAAACAUGUCGAGGUCCUGGCUGUACGAGGCUGGAGCAUGAUCCUCAGGUAUUUCAAGAUUACUCGAGAAGGAUAUAGGUGUCAGUUGGUUUUGAAAAUGUGUAUAACAUCAUUAAUCUUGAUAUCGUCUAUGUGUAUCUAUACAUGUGGGGGGCAGCAUCAGGUGCAUAGCGAGCUAUCGUAGCAGGGUCUCCGAGACACGUAUCUGCAGCAUUGCUUGGUUCCUUAUCCUCGCCACUCGAGAUUCGUCUGGGACUGCAUAUGCUUCUCCGUCCAUUCGUGUGUCA